CCUGGGUGAAAACCAGGAAUCCUAACCGCUAGACCAUAUGGGAUGUCACGUGUGUCUAUGCGCAACUCGCUCACUAUAAAGAAUAGGAACAACAUAUCAGCACUAAUACGCCUUCAUGUGAAGAGAUCCCUUCAGUUACAGGACAAAGAAAAUAGUCCAACUAAGAGACAUUCACCAGUAAGAAAUUAUUCCCCCAUGACUGGAACCCGGUUGAUGAGUCCUGCACCAAAAUCUGCAGCAGGUACUUCCAAAGCAGGUGGAAAGAAAACCAAUACCCCUAAAACAAAAAAGCUUUUGACAGAUGCCGAGAGAAUUGUCUUUCUCAGAAGCAAGGUGAAAAGAUCUCUCAAGGACAUGAUGAAAUACAGGCACCAGCUGGAGACACUACUGCCACUAGAGAGCAGUAGUGAGCUGAGGAGUCUGUUACUGAUGGGUCCUGCUGAUCUGAACACUGAACUCAGGAGGCAUGAAGAUCUAUCUGCUAAAAUUGCAUCCCGUGUACAGAGAGCAGACACAAACAAGGGUCAUUUCCAAGGUUUAAAACAGACCGGCAGCUCUUCUGAAUUUCUAAAGAAAAUCCUAAGCCGCUGAGGAAUCGUCUCAUGAUAUUCGACUUGUGCAGCAGCUGGUGCCCACUCAAACAUUUUCCUAUUUCUGCACAAGGUGGAUCACGUAACUGUCACUUUAUCACUCCUAAAGGCCACGUGAAGGACAAAAGCUGACCUAACAAAACACACACUCGUCACAUCCGACCCAUAAGAUGCCAAUCGGGAAGCGCGAGAACUUAGAAGGUUGUUCUUAACAACUCAACAUUCAGCAAUUUGGUCCGUUAGCCAUAUAAGGUUGUAAAGUCUGACCGUAAAGUUUACAGAAUACGAGAGUUUUGCGAUCAGCAGCACAUUUAUCUGGACACAGAUAUGAUUUAAUAUUAGCAUCAGUCUUUAAAUUUUUUUUAUCAGUCCUUUAUUUUGAAUUCACGUGUAUUUGCUGUUAAACCAAAAAUCGGUUUUGUAUGCGUGUCUGCAGAGCUGGAACAGGCUGUAACACAGUAGCCCCUUUGUGACCUGAUAACAUUUAUAGUUGUAAUGGAUUUUUUUAAUGGCCGUCAUUAACUCGCACAAAGAGGGGUGAAAAAGAUUGCUUGUACAUUUUUUUGGCGGGUAUUUCAGCUUUACAGCAUUAUGUUCCAGUAUGUGUCCUUCCAUCAUUUUUGUUUUACAGCCCGCGGAGUUGAAUAGUUUUAAUGCGUAGAUUUAGCAUCGGCCUUGUAUCUUAAAUCACGUACAAGAUGAUUCCAUUGUGUUUAAUACAUUUUUUUUCUCUUUGGUUACUACUUGGAAAUAAAUAAUUUGACUAAUAA